AAAGAGAGGAAAAAAAAGGAAGAAACGCCGUUGUUCUCUUGGUAUCUCUCUAUCUCUCUCUGCAUUGCUACUGAGUAGAGGCGGCCGCAUGAAUCGAGACUUCUCUCGUCAGAAGAGAAGAGAUCUCUCGCCCCGCCCUUGAAAACUUGUCUGUUCUGUUUGUUACUCUACUAGUUCUAUAAGCGUUCGUGUGUGUGCGCUGCAGAAGACUGUGGAACAGAUUGGGCUGUGGAUUCCUUGACUGCCAGAAUGCCUCUAUGUAAAAGAAAACCGUUUCCGUUGGUCGAAAGGCCCCAGGAUUUAAAGCCUCAAGAGCUUGUAUUCCUGGUUCGGCUAACGAAAGAGAUUUUCAGGGAUUAUGGUGAAUACAUGAAUCGGAUAAAUCUAUAUUGCCAGAGAGUUUGGACAUGCAAGGUUACUGGAAAGACUAACUUGACUUUUGAGGAGGCAUUGGCGUCGGAAAAACAGGCAAUGGAAAAGGUUCAGCAGUUCCCAAAAGAACUAGUCACCCCUGUGCUGCAUGAUGUCCAAUUUAGCAUGCUCACACUAAAAGAUCUAGCCAACAAAAUUGCCACAAAGUUACAGGAGAAUUUGACCGAGGGCACUGAGCUGUAUGGAAAAACAAAUAAUCGGGUUUAUCCUUGCAAAAUAGUCAAAGUUCUUGUGGAAGAGCCUGACAGAACCCAAUACGAGGUAGUGUGGCUUGACAAAGACAAGAAAAUAACUGGAAAUGCGGUAGUGAAUGGAGAAGAUUUGGUACGGAAGAAGCUUCCUUUUAGUAGAGAAGUUCUGAAGUCUUUCAUAAGAGAAUCUACGUAUCGAAGUGUACCUUGGGUGCUACAUGAUAACUUGGCCAGGAAGCAUGGAAUCUCAACUGAUCCUCCUGAAGGGUUAAGAAGCAAAGUUUCCUUCCAGGAUGGACGUGUGGUCAUUAUUAGGAAAAGAAGUGUAAAAGAGGAAGAUGUACAAAACAAUGGGGGAGGAGAAGUGCUCAGGAAAUGUAAACGGAAGAAAUCUGGGAAGGAAAAUUUAGAAUCCUUAAUCCCUGAGAAAAAUUCUGAAAAAGAGCCCGUUAAAUAUCCAAUUGACGAUCUACUGGUUGAACCCGCUUCAAAUGAUCCAGUUUUCACUGAACGCCCUUCUCCGUCAGGGGACUUCAAUGUUCCCAUGGAGUGUGUUGGGGAUCUUUUAAUGACAUGGGAUUUUUAUUCUUCUUUUAGCAGACUGUUGAAUUUGUGGCCGUUUUCCCUUGAUGAUUUUGAAAAUGCUCUCUGCCACAAAGACAGCAACUUGAUCCUCAUUGUGGAAUCUCAUUUGGCUAUUCUUCGCUUGCUUAUAAAGGAUAACGGGGACUAUACCCUGGCUAUACAGAAGAAAAAUCGGAAGCCAAAGAUUACAUUAAUCACUUGGACGGAGUAUUUGUGUGACUUCUUAGAAAUGGUUGAUGUUGCUGAACUAUCCAAUCAUAUGACAACAAUUAGGCGGGGUCAUUAUGGCCUUCUUGACAUUCAUGCGAAAUUAGGAAUUUUGCGAGUAUUGGUUGCACAAGCCCUUAAUACGAACCUUAUUAGGAAGAAGUUGGAUGAAUAUGUCGAACAACAGCAGGUUCUUGCAUCUACAAGGAGAGAGGAAGCAUUGGAGGAAGGGAGAAAGAAGAGACAAGAUAAAGAACUUCUGAAGGCAGAGUCUCAUGGCAAGGAAAUUAUAGAAGGACGAAGUGGAGAGUCUGUAGGAAGCAGCUCAAACACAAUGGUGCAUGGAAAUUACAGCAAGCAGAAUGGUUAUGUAGCAGAUAAACGGAAUAAGGAUGCUGUCUCAUCUCCAGGGAAACAUGCAUUUAAGAACAUUUUAAAGGGACAAGUAGACACCACAAUGAGAAGGUAUGGAAAGCAACAGAAGGUCGAUGAUAAAGCUACAGUGGAUAUUAAAAAAGGUUCAGCUAAGAAGGGAGCUCAAAAACUGGCUGGGGAUGAUGGAUACAAAGCAAUGGAUAGGAGUAAAGAAUGUAGGAAAGAGUAUCUUGAAAGGGAGAUGGAGAAAAGAUUCAUUCGCACCAAUCCCAUGGGUAAAGACAAGAACUAUAACAGGUACUGGUUUUUUAAACGGGAUGGGAGGAUCUUCAUUGAGAGUUCUGACUCUGCACAAUGGGGCUAUUACAGUACCAAGGAAGAGCUUGAUGUCUUUAUGGGCUCACUGAACCGAAAAGGUGAGAGAGAGAGGGCCCUCAAGAAACAGCUGGAUAAGUAUUAUACUAGAAUAUGCUUGGAACUACAAAAGAGAUCAAAGGAGGUAGCUCACAAGAUUGCGACAGAUGAAGCUGUUCUCCGGAGGUCAACACGGGUUCGUGCCCCGCCUAGGAAGUACAAUCCCGCUGUUGCUUUCCUCAGGUAUGUUAACAAGUGGAAGGAAGACUAAUAACUAUUGUCGGAAUAUGAAGAAAGAAUUCGUUUUAGAAAUUGAAGAGCCUCUUCAUGAUUUCUUUAAAUGGAAAUUCGAGGUUAAGGGGGCCAGUAUGGGGUGGAGCAUUUUUUGGUUGUUUCCAGCCCCGUAAUGAUGGGAUGGGUAAUUGUAACUGAGCCUCUGUUUUCUAGAUGACCUCGUUCGGCAAUUUAAAUUACAGUGGCAUGUAUUUGUGGAUUCUUUAAAGAUUCGAAACUGUCUUUCAGUUUU